AUGAAUAUUUAUUAUUUGCUUCCCUAUAGAAUUUCGUAUGAUCCCACAAGAUAUCCUAAAUACAUUCCUGAAGCAUACUGUCUGUGCAAAGGCUGCCUCAUGGGGAUCUUUGGCGAGGAGAAUUUUCACUUCCGCAGCACCCCUGUGUACAUGCCAACAGUCAUCCUCCGUCGCACGUCCUCGUGUGCUGGGGGCCGUUAUGUCUACACAGAAGAUUACGUCACUAUCCCAGUGGGCUGCACUUGUGUACCUGAGCAAGAAAAAGAGGCCGAAAGUGUAAAUUCCAGCAUAGAUAAACAGGAAAUGAAGUUGCUGGUAAGCCAGAACAAGCCAUCAUCAGAAUGAAUAAUAUAUGAAGAGUCGUGUUACAGUAUUGGCUUCACAUCAUCAUUUCACCACCUCAGGAAACUGCACCACAGCAGCAAACACAUUGACUUACCCUCUUUUUCUACUUACAGUUAUUUCAGUUACAAGAUGGAAAGUUUUGUCCAGUCACUCAGAUUAUUAGAGAUGACAAUUCAUGUUAAGAACUUACUGAGUUCAUGUAAGUACUCGUUGCAAAUUCCAAAGUAGCUUUUUUUUUCAUUAGAGCAGAACAUUUUAUCCUUGCUUAUUCACAGUAAAUUUUAGAAGAUGAUGCAACUGUAAGACACGCUAGCUACUACUAUAGCAGACUACUGGUUGUAGAUAUUUUUAAGGAAUCUCUUAUACUCUACUUCUAAAUACUCUUAUAUAAAAAUCACAUAGCUGCCAUACAUGUGCCAAGGAUAAUUUCUCAGGCUGGGAGAGCCUUCUUUUGUGUUGCAUAUCUCAACUCCAAGCAGUGUUCUUGGCUGUUAUAUCUUUGGCUAUUUAUACAUGACAGCAAGGAAACCUUUGCUGAGUUUAAGUCAUUCAUGAAACCAUAUUCUAUGAGUUUGCUAUUUUUAAACUUGCCAAAUUGCUAAGGGUACAAACGCGUUGAGAAAAAGCAUGCUGGAAUAUUGUAAAACUGCAGUGGGCUUUUCUGAUGUGGACUAAGUCUAAUUACACAGAAAAUAUCAAUUAGAAAAAACACAGUUUGGGUCCCAAGAAUUCUGUAUUAGAUUGCAUUCAUUAUUAACCGCUUAACUGUUUCUUGUGACAAAACUGUACUCUGUACAGUUGAAAGGUCAAAACCUUUUUCAUGUUAGGAGAGGAGAUUCCCCAUUAAAAGUAAUAAGUACAAAGGAUAGGCUUCAUUUCAGGAACACUGCAGAUCAGUAAACAGGCUAGGUCUUAACUUCUAGAUCCUACAGGGGUCAUUGAGGUGAAUCCCAGCCAAUCCAAACUUGUUAAAUCCAACUGAUUUAUACAAUUAGUGUUACUCAUUUUUCCCUGUGCUACACAUAACAGACAAUCGCCUGCAAAAUAUGCUAGUCUGCAGAAGAGCAGUUUUCCAUCUUUGCAGCUUACAGGAACUUGAUGGCAAGUCCUAACUGGAAACCCUAGAUACACAAAAACUUGCAUUUCCAGAACAAGAGACUGAAGGUUGGCUCAGUCUGGUGAAUGAGAAUCAGGAAUAAUCAGGCAUACUUUGCAUGACCGUAACUCCUGAGGGCCACAGUCACCAAAGUUGAUAAAUCUCUGAAUGCACAGCAGAGAACAUCUUUUACAGUUGAAGGGCCAUGACUGCGGUAGCAUUACAAAAAAGAAUAAUCACCAUAUGCAGCAAUGUAUUUGCUACAUCAAGAAUCUCAAAAUUGGGCUUAAUUCAUAGAGGAGAAAGUCCCUACGCUACACAAACACACACUCCUUUGGAGUGUUGUUGGAUGAAGAAUGGAAAGACUGAGCUAAACAGAAUUAACAAGUUAAACAGAGAAUGAAAAUCCUAUGACAAUUCCUUGUCUUGGUGCAUAAUUAUUGACUGUGCUCUUUAUGACUCAGUCUGGUAUAAUAGUAUUUUUAUAGUGCAAUCAGUAUAGCUUCUUAUAAAGCCUAAAACAACUUUAAGAACUCC